UUUGGUCCCAAUGCAACGUACAUUGAGCAACGUUAGCGACCCGUUCAAACUAGACCCAAACACCAGAAGAACAUUCUUGUGGAUCUUCAUACCUCUGACAACGUUUUCAGUAAUUGCUAACAGCGCAACCGUCUACUCAAUUAGCAAAAGAAACUACAGAACAUUCCAAAAAACAUGCAUCAUAUCCUUGGCCUUGUCGGACCUUUUGAGUACCGCAGCCGUCGCCACCCUCAACAUGGUAUAUUUCACUCAAGAAAAUAUAACUUGGCCCCUAGCAGGAUUCCUUUGCAAGUUUCUCCCCAUGUGUCAAAUGCUUGGAAUCCUAGCGAGUUCUGUAGCCCUGACGAUCAUCGCUAUCGACAGGUACAGGAACGUGGUGUACGCUUUGAGUAAGAGGUGGAACCCUCGAGUCUACAUCUGCCUGGUGGUCGUAGUAGCGAUUUGGUCAGCUUGUAUUGGAAUCUCGUAUCCGGUGCUGAGUUUCUACGAAUGCGUCGAGUGGCCUCAACUAGACGACUUCGUCUGCGUCAUGUUCAAGCCGGAGCGCUUCAGAACCUACAUCGUCGCGAUGACCGUGAUCACGUUCCUUCCUCUCUUUUGCGUCUUCCUCUGGUCGUACUACAGCAUCGCGUUUAUCGUUUGGAAGCACCGCAAACCUAUAUCGUCGAUCUUCAACAAGAAGACCCUCCAAGAACCAUCGUCAUCCGCCAGCAAAUCUUCUCCAGUUAUGAAGAACCUCAACAAACCGAAAACCCAAGAAGACAUCAGAGUGGGGCGGAAAAUUCGCACUUUUAAGAUUAUCAUUGCGCUGAUGGUGGUUUUUAUCGUGUGUCGACUGCCGUAUUUUACUAUACAGAUUAUGAAGUAUUCGGAGACUCCUUUUCGAGACCAGGAAGAAUUCUGGAAUUUUAUUUUUGCGUUCAUGGCUCUGCAUAUUGUCAACUGUUGCUUGAAUCCUUUGCUUUACACUUUUUUGAACGUGACGAUGCAGGUGUGGCAUAAAAUUGAGAAUUUUGUUUUGGAGGUUUGUUGCUUUUGUUGUUCGGGGAGAGAGUUUGAAAGUUUCGAGAAGGAGAAUCCUUUUGUUAUCGAGGAUUAUGGGAAGAAGAGGAGUUCGAAAGUGAGAUUUACAGAUGAAGAGAAAUAUUAA